CGUGUAUUCGAAUUGUUCAGAUCCAAUCUGGUGGAGGAAAUGAGCCAACGGUCUUCCAUGGCGAAUUUACGGAUUAUAUGCUCAAAGUGCAGCACCACUGUCGCAUGCGGCACAAUUCUUACAGGAGGCUCCAUGGCGUUCCGGAUCUCAAACAUAGCGAUGAGUUGAGUAAUUACGCCCAAGCGUGGGCUGAACGGCUAGCCAAAACGAGACAGUUCAGGCAUAGGAGCAAAUCGCCAUACGGAGAGAAUAUAUCUAUGUCCUACAACAGCGACCCCAACUUCGAAGUUGACGGAGGUGCUCCCGUAGAUUCAUGGUACAGCGAGAUCAAGUAUCAUAAUUACGACAGCGACAAUUUCAACCCAAGAACAGGCCACUUCACUCAAGUCAUCUGGAAGAACAGCCGCUGGCUGGGAACUGGCGUCGCUAAGUCACCAGACGGGAAAGUUUUCGUUGUGUCCAACUACAAGCCCCGAGGAAACAUUAUGGGUCAGUUCCGAUCAAACUGCCCAAGGCCAAAAUACGGUGGCGGAAUGGAACAAAACAAAGGUAGUGGAGUCGAAGUGUAAAACCUUCGGAAGUGCCGAGGGGGGCAGGGGGAGUUAUAGGAUGCUGGUUGUACAGAAUGCUGAUCCUGUGGGCACUGGUGCCUGGACGCUGUAUCUUUUUUACAGCAGACAUUAAAUAUGUAUAUUCUUCAGACGAACGAA